UCAAUUAUUACUCAGAUUUAUUAUUCAAUUUAAAUGUUUUAUCAGUGCGUCUAUCAGAAAUGUAUUUGGCUUCAAACUGCUUGUUUUGUUUUGACGAAUCAAAAGUUCAUUUUAAUUGAUAUGUUUAAUUCCAGCUUCCCAAAUACUUUUAAAUGAACUAGGCUUUUAAAAUUUUUGCAUAACUUUCCAAAAACUUGACUCAAUAGCUAUCGAGUCAAAAAAAAUAAACAUUUUGUACAUCGUAAUUAUGUCUUCAAAGUUGAAGUUUCUGAUUAACCUUCAAAAAUUCCUUCUUAUAUUUUGCUUAAUAUUCGAUUUCUGCGGUGGAACGAAAUAUUCUUGCGUAGAUUAUAGCGAAUGUUAUAGUUUCUUCGACAACGCAACUGGUCUUUAUUCGACAGUCGGGCACUACUGCUGCGGUAAUAAGUGUCAAUACGAUCAAUGCGCCGAUAAAGGCUGGAUUUAUGCAGUGGUUGGCCUGUCAAUAGGUCUGGUCGUCAUCACACUCAUCAUCAUUGGGUGCUUUUGUUACUCCAGAAUGCCAGACGAAAACCAAGAAGAAGCACUUGAAUUAGACGGAAGACCUGCUGUACCUCACAAUCCAGAUGAAAUUCAAUUUGACCCCUCAGUUUAUGAUGAAUCCGUCACCCGACGUGACACCAGCGAGUUCCCACCUGUCUACCGAUACCCGUCCGUUCUGCCGGACUACAAAUCCCGCGCCGGCACUACUGAAAGCAUUGAAAGUGGGUCUUCCCAAAUGGCAGCAGCUCCUGGAAAUCGACAACUUCACGUAGUUUCUGAGGAGCAGCUAGCGGGUCGGCUUGAUGCGCUUUUAGACUCAAACGGGGCACAAAUUUCUCCAACUCAAAAUGCGGAUGAAACUCAACACGAUUCCGCGGCUUAUUCUGAAAUUCAACGUGAAAUUAGUGAUGAGGAGUUACCUGUGUACAGAUGCCCCUCAGACCCCCCUCCUUUGUAUAGGUCCAGGGCGGGGACCUCGAUUGAUGGAAACAUCGGAUCCCACGUGCAGCCUGACUCUGCAGUGGCUUUUGAUAAUCCAGAUAUUCCAGAAGAGAAUUUUUAUAUUCAAAUUGGGGAAAUUUCGAAUAACGAUGGAUUUCGAACUCCCCAAAGUGGAUCCGUCUUAUCUUGAUAGCGCAUAAUCAGCUGGUUGUUCAUUCAAUUAUCUGAACUAGCGAAGCUAAUGAACUCAAGUUACUUAUAAAUGAUUUCUUACGU